AGCGGUCACAACGUACUUACAGUUCUUUACGAGUUGGGGUUCAUUUAUUACUCUGCCUUGCAAUUAUCUGGUGCUAAAAAGAUAAAGCCAUUAUGCUUCUCUUGCAGUAACCCUAUGUAGCCUAUAUGACUCUUUUCUGUUAUUUUCUCUUCACCCUUCACUUUUGUCAUGUGAUGCGGUGCGUACUCUACAUCUGGACAGUAAGUUCCGACUGCAUUGCCAUCAACGAAUCCAGCUUCUAGGCUGCGACUUUCAUCUGCGAACAAGUGGAGACUUAUAAUUCUGACUGAAUUUGAUUUUUUUUUUCUACCUCACCUCGUAGAGACGAAUUCUCUUCUCCCUGGACUGAAUUGGAGUUUAGGAUGGUGAGGAAACGGCAGACAGGGACAACUGAAAGUGCGAGUGGAGAGCGAGACUACUGAGAGAGAUGCCAAUCAUAUCAUGUAGCAGGUGCACCUCGAGAGCCAUUGCGGAGUAUUUCUUUCUGGCGGUGAGACGAAAGAUAUGGUAAGGCUAAGUAGGCUACUCUGUGCUGCGAACUGGAGUGAUUAAAAACAACUGUACCGGCACGUUCUGGCCAUUUACCUUGCUGCACGAUUUUUUUACGAUUUAACUUACUCGGAUUUACUUCAGAACUGUAAAAGGCUGAUGUCAAUGCGCUCCGUCCGUCCUCGAAACCACACUGAAGAGUAGGCUAACCUAUUUCACAGAGUUACUUUCCGGACGCUUUUCUUGUGUUUAGCCGAGAUUUCUCGUUCCUGGAGGAUGACAGCUGACUUGAAGGUGAGCUGGUUCUGAGAGGGCCAGAGCAGUCCCGUCACCGUCAAGUUGGCGACACCAUGGCAGCCGGAGUUGCAGCAUGGCUCCCCUUUGCACGGGCAGCCGCCAUCGGCUGGAUGCCAGUGGCCAACUGCCCUAUGCCCGUUGCCCCAAGGGACCACAGCAAGAGACAGGAUGAGCUGAUUAUACUGAACGUGAGUGGACGCCGCUUUCAGACCUGGAGAACCACCCUGGAUCGGUACCCAGACACUCUCCUUGGCAGUUCUGAGAAGGAGUUCUUUUACAACGAAGAGGCCAAGGAGUAUUUUUUCGACCGCGACCCGGAAGCCUUCCGGAGUGUGCUCAACUUCUACCGCACGGGGAAGCUUCACUACCCCCGCGCUGAGUGCAUCCAGGCCUACGAUGAGGAGCUGUCCUUCUUCGGCAUCAUCCCAGAAAUCAUCGGCGACUGCUGCUACGAAGAGUACAAGGACCGCAAGCGGGAGAAUGCGGAACGCCUUCAGGACGACCAGGAGGACAAAAAGGACUUCAAGCCGCCCAACAUGACGUUCCGUGAGACAAUAUGGCGGGCGUUUGAGAACCCGCACACCAGCACCAUGGCUCUGGUGUUCUACUAUGUCACAGGCUUCUUCAUCGCCAUUUCUGUACUCACCAACGUGGUGGAGACAGUGCCGUGCGGCUCCACGAGCCAGAAGGACAUCUCUUGCGGACAGCGCUAUACGGUGGCCUUCUUCUGCAUGGACACGGCCUGCGUGAUGAUCUUCACUGUGGAGUACCUGCUGCGGCUGUUUGCGGCGCCGAGCCGCUACCUCUUCAUGCGCAGCGUCAUGAGCAUCAUCGACGUGGUGGCCAUCUUCCCGUACUACAUCGGCCUGGUCAUGACUGACAACGAGGACGUGAGCGGCGCCUUCGUCACCCUCAGAGUGUUCCGUGUCUUCCGGAUCUUCAAGUUCUCACGUCACUCGCAGGGCCUGCGCAUCUUGGGCUACACGCUGAAGAGCUGCGCCUCGGAGCUCGGUUUCCUGCUCUUCUCCCUCACAAUGGCCAUCAUCAUCUUCGCCACCGUCAUGUUCUACGCCGAAAAGGGUUCCAGUUCGACCAAAUUCACCAGCAUCCCGGCCUCGUUUUGGUACACGAUCGUCACCAUGACUACUUUAGGUUACGGAGACAUGGUGCCCAAGACGAUUGCGGGGAAGAUUUUCGGCUCGAUCUGCUCCCUGAGCGGGGUGCUGGUAAUCGCCCUGCCCGUGCCCGUCAUCGUCUCCAACUUUAGCCGAAUCUAUCACCAGAACCAGAGAGCCGACAAGCGGCGUGCUCAGAAGGUACAGAAAGCCCGACUCGCCCGGAUAAGAAUAGCCAAGAAGGGGAGCUCCAACGCCUACCUGCAGACCAAACGCAACGGGCUGCUGAACGAACUACUGGAUCUCACGGCCUCAGAGGAGGAACAGCAGCAUCUGAACAAGACAAAAUCCCUACUUGAGAGCCAACACCACCACCUAUUGCACUGUUUGGAGAAAACGACUGGCCAUGACUUUGUGGACGAGCAGCUAUUUGAGCAGAAUUGUUUGGAAGGGGCCCUGCAGCCGUACCGCUCUCGCACCCCCUCCACAUCCAGCCUGGAGGGCAUGACGGGCACCUGCUGCUCCCGUAGGACCAAGAGGAGUGUCCCGCUGCCCAUCGCCAACGCGCCAGCCUCGCACGCACACCCACUCGCGCUCACACACACGCUCCCAAAGUCGCCAGGGCUGCAGGAGCUCAGUGCCAUCAACAUCCAGUGUGCCGAGAAGCAAAUCCACAGCAGCAGUCGCUCUAAUCUCAACAUGCAGACCAACGAGGUGGACCGCCGCAACUGCAAACAGCAGAAGGUCACCACGGCGAUCAUCAGCAUCCAGACGGCCAACACGGGGAGCCCUGCCGAGGACGGCGGCCACGGCCUCCCAAACCGUGGAGCCAGCGUCGUGACAACGACCAGCUCGAACAUCAUCAAGGUGUCGGCCCUGUGAGCACGACUGCCAGCGUGACUGAGCAUACAGCACAAAAGACUGUGGGAUUGCUGAACCUACGCAGGGAACUCUGUCCCCUUUCCACACCAUGGCACAUUGACAUUAGGGGGCGCUGUGUUGAUGGACAACGUGUUGCAGGGCGAAGGCAAGGAGAGGAGAUGAGAGGAGAGAGGGGGCAGGGGAGGGGAGAAAGAUGGAGGAGAAAGAUGCAGCCUGGAACUAAACUGCUCUUGUGCAUCUUCUUUGAGAGGUUGGCACUGGGACAUCUUUCACAAGGUAACGGUUGGGGAGGAGCCGGAGAACAAAUCUAUGUGUGUGUCUCUGCUUGCUUUGCACACAUCGUCCCUCUCUCUUCAAAGUGACUUUGUG